GGCAGAUCGGUGACGACCGUGUUGCGCUGCGACGCGUGCGCCCGGACACCCCGGACGAGCACAGGGUGGUGUGGGAAGGAUCGCCAGACGGCAUGAUGUGACCAGGAUGCGAAGAUGGAGAUGCGCGAGACACGAAUCUCGGAGGCAGAGCCAGAGUCGCGCCCACGGAGGAGCGGUGGCGACAGAGUUCGGCCUUGGUCUUCCUCCACUCGGCGCGGGCAACCUCCGCAUGUGCAGAAAGAGACGGCAGCAUCUUCCGGUUUGCGCCGCAAGCAAGGCGAGGAAGCAGAACUCGUGUUUGCGCAGGGACCACUUCCUGGACCACACGCACGUAUAGCUGUUGUUCGCAUCGACAUCCGUGCAUGCACACUGCGUUGGAGCCGAAAGUCUGGUAGGUUCGACACAAAAGUCUGGAGCCAUACGGGUGGCAAGCGGCUGGCCUAUAGUCGUGGAGAGUCCGCGCCUGCGACAGAGGAUCGUGGAGCUGCAACUGACACCUGGACCCUAGCAACGCGCUGCGAAGAUAUUCUGCAGACAUGGGAUGGCAAGACGCACCUCCCCCCUUCACCCGCAGCGACCCACCAUUGCUUCCCCGCCCCACCUCAGCCCGUCCAAGGCCCACACCGGCAGGAGACAGUCGAGUUGCAGCCCGGGUUGACAAACAAUGCAGCGAAGGCGAACAAAGGCGGGACGCUGCCACAAUCAAUCACUCAGGGCGCAGAACGAGAGAAGGCUGGAUUAGGCGCCGUUUGGCCAAUGGGCUCCGGCAGAUGCAGUGCGACCCUCACGCUGGCAUCUUGCUGGCAUCCCUUCCUGCCCCCGCUCGCCGCCCUUUCCUCCGUUCGCCCACCGUGGCGCAGCGCACAGGGGCUCCUUAUUAUGUCCUGCUGAGUUUCCCUGGCCACAGCCAUCCCCACCGCUGGGCCCCCACCGCUGGCUUGCUUCCGUCGAGGCCACGCGCUCCAAACGUUCCGGGCAGACACGGAGAGUUGGUGUCGAUCCGGCUAGUCGUUCCAGAAGGGCAUCGGGGCAAGGGAGGAAGGUCAGUGCUCCUUGCAUACGUGCAGGCUCAUGUACGACCCUCCGAGCCCGCACGCACGCGCCGCUCGCGCCCUCAGGCCGCCGUCGUGGUACGCAGCACCAUCCGCACACGGCCACACGCCCGACGCGCCCGACGACGACGCGAGCGAGACUGC